UCGUUGCUCAGUCGUUACGGUUGGCAGCCAGGCUAGUUCGAAAAGUUUGUUUUGAUCGUCAUAAUUUGCCAAGAAAACCCGUUGCGAAGGCGUUUUCCGACGUUUCCACCUCGAAGAAACACACAUCAUCAGUAAUGGCCAGACCACUGCCCCGUACCCACCGAGUCCGCGUAGAAAACGAAAUGAUCAAACGAAGAGAACGCGAAUUCCGACACGACCAAGUCUGGAAUAACCGAAAACAGUACUACGAAGAGUGGGAAAAAAAGAACGCGAAAUUCGACGAAUGGACGUCGCCUCGGUACCACGAAACCAACAACAAACUGAUCGAAGAAACGAAAAAAAAGCGCGAAAAAGAAGAAAGUCUGGCGAAACGAAGAGAGAAUUUGCGGAAAUUGCUGACAGAAGAAGAAAAGCUGUACGACGUGGAAUUGAUGAUUCAUAAAACGAGAAACGCGACGUACCGAAGGGCGCCGAGGAGCGACGAAGUGCCGGUGGAGGUGCUAAAGGAGCUCAAUAGGGGUUUGAAACUGGAGGAAGACGAUAGGAGGCGACACGAGGCGGAAUUGAAGUUGUACCAUCAAUGGAGGGGUAGCAAUCCAGUGUUGAAACACUACGAAAGAAUGCAAAGAGGAAGGGACUUAAAACUGUCGUGGUUGGACCAACAAAUCGAGAAUAGAAUGCGUAGAGAGACGGAGGAAGAAGAGUGUCGCAAACUUCUCAAAGAGAGAGAACAAAUGCUACUACAAGAGGACGAAAAACACGAAGAAGAGCAGAAACGGAUACAACUGAAGAAAGAAGAGCUGAAAGUAACUCUAGAGCAACAAAUGGAAGAGUUGAAGCUUAAGAACAAAAUCAACGACGAACUAAAACACAAGGAGGAAGAAGAAAACAACAAACGUGCCGAGUUGCACAAAAUUGAACUGCAACGAAUCGAAGACGAAAGAAAGAGAAGAGAAAGAGAGUGUGCUUUGUACAACAUCAAACAGUACAAAAUGCGACUGAAAAAGAAAGCCGAAAAUGUUCAGACGAAUUUAGAACACGAAAGAGAACUCAUCUUGAAAUUGAAACAACUAGAAAUUGCUGAAAGAAUCGAAGACGAAAGGAAAAAGAAUGAAGUGAAGGAAGCUUUAAACGACUUUUUGGUUUUAAAUCAAGAACAGAAAAACUUGGAGAAGGCACGCCAAAGACACUUAGAUUUCUUGUUCGAUUCGGAAGCCAAAGUUCAGUACGAACAACAGGACGAAUUUUGGAAACAGGAGGAAACGGCGAGAACGAAAUUAAUUAAAGACGUAAUUGACACAAUUAAGACACAAAUUGAAGCAAAUUUGGAACGUAAUAAACAAAAGCAGUUGGAGGUGGUGAAAGAACGUGAAGAGAUGGUGAAGCGGAUCGAGGAAUACAAUAAAGAAAUGGCGGAAUUGAAGGAGAAAGAGGAGAAGAAGAAGUGGGAACGGAAGAAGAUGAUUGACGAAGACGUGAAGAUGAAGAGCGUGCGGAAAAAAGCGCGCGAGAACGCCGAAUUGAGGCGUAUUGACGAGGAAUUGGAAAUGGUGAGGAAGGAGGAAGAGCGAUUAAAACAGGAAAUAAUGAACAUACAAAGAAGACAAGGUCCGAUUAGACCCAGCCGUAGCAAAUUGUUUUAAUUUAUUAAUUUAUUAACACACUGAGUUUACACAGGACUGGUAACUUCGUCUAGUUGUUUUUUCAUAUGUUCUAGUUUUUCCAUGUCGUUUACCGACGUGGUGCAUUUAUACACCACUAGAGAAUGGUAAAAGUGGACGGCGAAAAGAACGAACGUUAUCAAAACGGGAAUUACGAUGAUGGUGGCGGCCGUUGCUGCUUUGAAGGAGUAGUCCCAAAAUUUGACCCAACAAAGUAUGGCUACUUCCACCAGGAACAAAAACAACCCUUUAACAAAAAUCAGUCACAGAGUGCGAGUGCGAUAGCACAAGCUUACCUAAUACUGUCGAAAACGCCCAUGCUAACUCUAUAAACCCUCGCAUUCUCUCAUGUGGACUCUCAGCGACCAUCUCGCACACCUCCAACUUCGCUAUAGCAUCUAUAUUUGGUAGAAUAUACGUCGAAAUCAUCAAAGCAAAAAUGUGAACGGCAACUAGAACGGUCGUACAUACAGCGAACAUCACAAACAACCAUUCUGGAACAUUCGUGGGUUCGUUAAUUUGAAGUUCGACCAUGGCUACCAUGGCGAACCCAGACAGCAGCUCACUAGUCGUAGCAGUUGCUUUUAAUUUAGCCCUCGACAUGUGAAGACGCCGCCAUGACAGUCCUUGCGCACUGUUACUCGGAAUUCUCCUACAAACCCCAUUUUCUUCCGUACAACGAAGACACGUCAUCGUAUCAGGACUUUUCUCCGUUAUGUGGUUAACUUUGUACGCUGGCGCCGACGUCACCGACGAGUUACAGGAGAACGGCGGCGUCCUCUCUCUGGAGAUCGAGCCGAGGUGGAGGUCGCUCACUGGAAGAGGGAGGCGCGAAAUAGGACUGUCUGAGCAGUAGUAGAUUUUUGUUCUGGGGUUGAUGGCUUCGGGGGUGAAAGUGAGGGACUUGGGGCGAGACAUCGCCGGUCUCAAGUGGUUCUGAAAAUUGUUCUAUGUAAUAAUAUUAUUUAAUAAAGUUAUCGAGUUUCAGAA